CCUCCUUUCUUUUAGGCUCGUUGCCACGGCCACUCUACUUGCCGCCGCAAUGUUUUCUGCUCAGGGAGGCAUUGCUGUGACCGCAGUAUCUAGUCGACCCCGGCGACGACAGAGACCUAGAUCAGAGGACGGCUUCCAACCUCCGCGAGCAAAGAGACAACGGUCAACAAAACAUGCUGAGGCUGGCGGAGACACGGAGCUCGACACGGCAGCGUACGAACAAGCGCACUGUUUGGCAGUAGAGCCAGUCCUUGAAGACGGCCCUUCGUUGGCUGCGGGUGACACAUCUAUCGACCUCCCAGUGCGCGGUCGUAAGGAGUCAGAUCGACCUACCUACGAUUCCCACUCAACUCUUAUCCUGGAUAAUGGCUUCUACAGUGCUACUCGACUCUCCGCCCUUCCAGAGCCUCUUCAGAGGUCAUCAGCGCCAUUUCGAUGCGUUGUAUCACCAGAACAUGCAAACUCACUUAUUCUCACCCACAACCAGGUCUAUGUUUGGGCUUAUUCGUCUGGUUCUUCCUCUAUCAGUCCAAGUGACUUCUCUACGUUCAACAUACCUGAACCAUCUCCAAAACACAUCGACCCUUUACCACUUGGCGCGUUUACCUCCAGCUCUUCGACAAGCGAUGCAGGCAUGUUAGUAGUGAUACCAGCUACCGGAAAAAUUACAUUCUGGCAAACCAUUUCGAAUAACGUUAUCCUUGGGUUGAUAAAACAGAAAUGCAAUACAGUUCAUGGCUCAAUACCCGGAAUGAUGUCCGGAGAAUUUGUUACGGGCCUACUUAAUGCGGAGCCGUCCGGGUUCAUCAUCACUCUUUCUACUGGUCGCGUUGCUCAUCUAACUAUUAUGGAUGCUCAUGGCAAAGCAAGCCUGAAUAUAAGGUUCCUUGACUUGGCUAAUCGUGCUACGAGUGGCGGCAUAUUUGGAGGUCUGAGGAAUGUAUUUAGCGGUGCCUCUUGGAGAAGGAAUAUCGCUGCUGCAAAUGGCGGCCGAUCCACACAACGUGGCCAGCGUGAGGUCAUUAUUGCGACCAGCUCGGGAUUGAUUGAAGUCUGGGAUAUUCACUGGGAACAAUGGCAGCGGCUUGAAGACACAGCGCUGAAAGACAAGGGCUUAAACUCUGAAAACGGCUCCCUUGCCUCCGUACAAGUCUUGGAUUUUGCAAUCAAAAACAACAGCAAACGUUCAAACGAUGCGGAACGUGACCUCUCACUCUGGGUUUUAUUCUCCGUCUCCGGAGAAACCAUUUCAUACUUCGUUGUUGACUUGACUUUCCCAGAAAAUAUCCCAGAAGCUGGUCGGGUCUUCAAAAUUGAUUAUGAGGGUCAGCUACAGGACUCUGCGGAUUCUACCCCAAAGAUAUAUGUGCCCCGUCCCGGUAAAAGUGCUUUCAUCGUCUUCAAAAAUGCAACCGUCCUCGUGUCGUUAAUACCCGUGGAAGAUUCGACAAAAGAUGGUACACCCGAAUUUCAGGACCUUGUUCGACUUCGGGACCGAGACAAUUUCGUGGUUAUUGGAUCGACUCUAGAUGAUUGUGGUGACGAACACCGUCGAGACUGCUGUGUGCUGGUCAUCCAAAACUACGGGCUUGUUCAUCUGUCCAGCUUGCGUUUGAAGACUGAAGUGGCACAAGAUAUACAAUUGACGACCAAACUACGCCUUGAACAGAUUGUCUUCUUUGAAAAUGCCAAAGACAACCCUAUCAAUUUCCACCAUUACAAGGAGCUGUCUUCGAAACCCCGCCUUGAAGAGGCAAUCUUAAAUAUUACGGACGAAAUCCUUCAUUCGAGCUCGAUGUAUAUUUCCUCCAUAGCGGCGUCCUUGGAACAUCAAAUGACAAUGCGAUCCAACGCUCUACAAGCUCUUGCAAAAUAUAUCAGGAACAACCAUGUUGAACUUAGCUAUUCGAUUCGGUGGCAGCUCCUCUGGAACGCAGAAAAAAUGGCAGCGAGUAAAGCGAUCUGGGCUCUCUAUAAUGAUCUUAAGAAAAAUACCCCGAGAAGAUUU